CUCCAUCUUUUUGCUCUCCAGCCCCUCACAGAUUCACCUUCCCCAUAAACCCUAUCUCAGCUUCGCCAUUGCCUCUUUCAGCCAGUGAGCAUUAUACACAAUGAACUGUUCAAUUUCCGGUGAGGUGCCGGAGGAGCCCGUCGUCUCCAAUAAGAGUGGUUUACUCUUUGAGAAGCGCUUAAUCGAGCGACAUAUCGCGGAUUAUGGAAAAUGUCCUAUUACUGGAGAGCCGCUUACGAUGGAUGAUAUUAUUCCAAUAAAAACUGGAAAGAUUGUGAAGCCUCGUCCAGUUCAAGCUGCUAGUAUUCCUGGGAUGCUGGGAAUGUUUCAAAUUGAAUGGGACGGUUUGAUGCUAUCUAAUUUUGCUUUGGAGCAACAGUUACACACCGCAAGGCAAGAGCUAAGUCAUGCCUUAUACCAGCAUGAUGCUGCAUGUCGUGUUAUUGCAAGGCUAAAGAAGGAAAGGGACGAGGCACGUGCAUUACUGGCACAGGCUGAAAGACAGAUACCCAUGCCAGUAACAGUACCAGAUGCAGUUAAUACCGUUCCCUUAAGCAAUGGGAAAAGAGCUGCUGAUGAUGAUGUGAUGGGUCCGGAUGGGAAAAAAAUCCGUCCAGGAAUCUCAAGUGCUAUCAUUUCUGAGCUUACAGACUGUAAUGCUGCUCUUUCACAGCAAAGGAAAAAGCGACAGAUACCUGCAACACUGGCUCCCAUUGAAUCUGUGGAGAGAUACACUCAACUCAAUAGUUAUCCUCUUCAUCGAACAAACAAACCUGGCAUAUUGUCUCUGGACAUCCAGUACUCCAAGGACAUCAUUGCCACUGCUGGGGUUGAUUCAAAUGCUGUAGUCUUUGAUAGACCUUCUGGGCAGAUAAUAUCUACACUCAGUGGUCAUUCAAAGAAGGUUACAAGCGUCAAAUUUGUGGCUGAGGGUGAAGUAGUUGUUACCAGUUCUGCUGAUAAGACUGUUCGUGUAUGGAAAGGAUCUGAAGAUGGUAAUUAUGAUUGCAGUCAUAUUUUGAAGGAUCAUAGUGCUGAGGUGCAAGCUGUUACAAUCCAUGCCACCAAUAACUACUGCGUGACAGCUUCUCUUGAUAACACAUGGUGCUUCUAUGAACUUGCUUCGGGCUUAUGUCUAGCUCAGGUUGAAGACACUUCAGGAUCUUCUGAAGGCUACACAUCUGCAUCUUUUCAUCCUGAUGGCCUCAUCCUUGGAACCGGUACCUCUGGGUCUCUUGUUAAGAUCUGGGAUGUGAAAACUCAGGCAAAUGUAGCGAGAUUUGAUGGGCAUGUUGGGGCAGUAACUGCAAUUUCAUUUUCAGAGAAUGGUUACUUCCUAGCUACUGCAGCCCAAGAUGGUGUCAAGCUUUGGGAUCUUCGCAAAUUGAAGAACUUUAGGACUUUCACUCCUUACGAUGAAAAUACACCAACACAAUCAGUGGAAUUUGACCAUAGUGGAAGUUACCUUGCGCUUGGAGGCUCAGAUAUACGAGUUUAUCAAGUUGCCAACGUCAAGUCUGAAUGGAACUGCAUCAAAACGUUCCCCGACUUAUCAGGCACAGGUAAAGCAACAUGUGUAAAGUUUGGUCCAGAUGCAAACUACAUAGCUGUUGGAUCUAUGGAUAGAAACCUCAGAAUAUUUGGGUUGCCCCAGCCUGGGGAAGAUGAUUCAUCAAUGUCGUGAAGCAAUGUUCAUUGCGCUUCUGGCGGACUGAGUCAUGUAGCUGUCCCUGCAGUUGCUGCAAUUUCUGUCUCCAGGAUUAUGAAGUAGUGAAAGUUGAAAGCAUAAUCUACUUCAGACUCGGUUUGGGCUCAAUUCUAUGAGAGUGAGGAUAAGUAAUAUAUCUGAAAAACUGCCAACUCAAUCUUGCAUUCUUUCGCGGAUUUGCCUUUUUGUUUGUAACGAAAUUUGAGUUCAUGUUGAUCCUCUUUAUAAGACGUUGGAAUUGUUAUUCCGUCUAUGCAAACAAUUGUAAUGUGCUUUACUUGGGAAGUUUUUGGAUCGUCUCUUUAGCGCUUACUUGUCCGGAAAUCAUAAUGAAUGGAAUAACUUGGGACGAAUGUCUUCGUA